UGAGGCUAAUUUUCCGAGGUCACGAGAAGUACAAGUGGAACGCAGGCGAGUGGCGUCAACCCUUACAGGGGGGAUCCGACAGACCGAGUUCGGUUGACAAAAGCCCAGCAGCUACCUAAUACUUACAUAGUAAAAAUUAAGGAUCCAUCAACUAAGAUGAGCUGCGAAUAGCUACGAUGUUUAACUACCUAAUGUAAUACCGAAAAUAUGGUGCGUGCUUCUCGACUGGUCCAGUUUUUGCCUCCAGCGCCAUUAAUACUUGUGGUCGCCCUGAUGUUUUUCAUCCUCUUACUCUAUCUUUAAUGAUAUUCAACAUGGCUUAUGAGAGUAAUAUGGCUCGUAUGACACUUAACGAUCCCGAGGUCGACGAUACGUUCCCAGAGAGGCACGUCCUCGAUCAUCCGUCUGAAUUCAAGCCACAACUAGAAACUCAAGACGAGCACGCACAUGCAGACUUUCCCGCGAGACAUUUACGGAGGCGGCGGAGACGACGGUCGGAGAGCAUAGAGGGUUACGAGAUGAGGGAUAGAUAUUGGGAAGCUAUGGAUAUUAUUGAACAAGAUCUCACCGAAGCAACGAAGGCACCUGCUGUUUGGGAUUACGUCUACGAUCCAGUUUGCUUGCCUCCGUCGGGAUUCGCUAAGACGCCCGGUAUUCGACUGCUUGGAAGGCAUCCAAUUCGAAGAGCGUGGAGGCGUCUUAAUAGCCGAGAGCAUCCCGACCUAGGAUCGACGCGGAUAGUUGAAGGUAUUAUGCUAUACGAGAGGGGCAUGAUACUUUCUCGACAGUUCCAAUGUACGCAUUGCCAGAAACGUCAGGGAAUAUCGCCCGAAUGCAUCGUUAUGGAUCCCGACGAAGAAGCCAAGGAACCACUAGAAAGCCUCGGUGGGCUUAGGUCAAUAUGCAGCAACUGUCUGUACGAUGGACGGCAGUGCGACGCGCAGAUCUCAUCUAGACGGAAUCAGCCUUCUAGAACGCCAACACCUAGUCAAAUCAAGAGAUCCUUCGCCUCAAAUUUAGUUCAUCUAGAAGUACUCGACCUAGUAGACAAGAAGCUAAAGUCGAUAAAGGGGGACGGAAAAGAAGAUGCACUUUCCCGAGCAAAGCAGAUUGAGAUGGCGGCUCUAGAAAUCGCCCAGGAAGCACACGAAUGGGGCCUGGGCAUUAAGGAGAAACGUCGAAAGACUUUGACCGCAAUGAAAUCUACGAAUUGAACCUCUGUUUCCGUCCACGAGAAUCACCGAGGGGGGUUCAUAACGCCUUAAUAUGCGAUACUAAGUGAAUAGGCCCUUAGGAUUUUCGUGAAGUCACUAUUCCUUGGUCAAUUACAGUACUUCGAUUAAAAAAUAACCAUGGUUCAUCGACAUCGACAGUCAUCAUAUGGGGAGAAAAGAUACCGUACUAAUUAAUCGUUUCUGGUAGCGGCAUCAGUCACACAAGCAAAACUAAUAAUUAGUCUUAUACGAUAGGGAAUAAACCUCCAAACUUCCAAGUUUAGAAGCCUUUACAGAUCAGACAACUGAGAUUGCAUUCAAUAUUAGGAGACUAAUCUAUAUGACCUGUCAGACAAUGGUCUUGGUGUUACCUAGGUGCGUUCUGCCUAAGUGAACGAGACCGGCGUUCGGAUGCGUCCCUCGGGGGAUGGCGUGAUCCAAAUUGGUCCCAA